CUAAAAUUGUUAAGAUUUUUGUAUAAAUUACAUAAAUCUGUCAAAUAAAGCAUGGUGCGCGCAUGCGCGAUCGAUGUGCUAUUUCUUUUUCCCCUCAGUUUUCUCUCUCACACGACAAUCAGCUGUUCUGUCAACAUGGCCACCCUAGGUCGUACGUCUACCAAAUUAUUGAAAAAAUUAAACGUUUUACCAAUUUUAAAUCGCGAUAUAAGUUCUGCGAGUUAUAAAAAUGUCCAUAAAACUGCAUGGACCACUUGUGCGUGUGUGUUUGGAGGUGCUAUUGUUUUAUAUGUUGCGAAUAGAUCGUACAACAAGACAAACACCGUAUAUGCCUUGAAAACAAAGCAACCGGAAGAGUUGUCGAAAUCAGUAAAGCUGACGUCACGCGAGCGAAGGUUCAUAAAGUUCGCGAGCGCGGAACAUGGCGGUCAACUGUAUAUGACGCCUCAGGACUUCCUCGAGUCCGUCGUCGAGCAGGAACCUAGGCCUCGUCUGAAGCGACGCGUGCUGACGACGAAGGAGAUAGAACAGCUGCGUGACCACACACCGCCGCUGAAGAAGGGUUCCCCACAGAUGUUUCGUAACAUGAGGGAUAAGGGUAUCAUCUCGUAUACUGAAUAUCUGUUCCUGUUAUCGAUAUUAACCAAGCCAGCGUCAGGUUUUCAAAUAGCUUUCAACAUGUUUGACACGGAUGGCAACCAGAGAGUCGAUAAGAAUGAAUUUCUAGUCAUCCAGCGUCUGCUUGGCGGUUCGUUGAAGGAGCGCAAAGAUUUGGACCCGCACAGUCAGGAGGCACUGCUUACAUUAGUCUCAACAAGUGCGUUGAAGAACAAACUGGAGCAAAAGGAAACUGUACAUAACCCAUCUACAAUGGAGAAAAUCUUCAGCUUCGCUUGGAAGGGUAAGAGGGGCAUCGGGGGUGAGCAGGGAGAGGAGAAAAAAGACGACAAAGAAGGCAAAGGUAACGGGCCUCAGGAUACGUAUGUCAACGACGAUCAAGGCUUGCAGCGCAGGCAUAACGUUGAUACAUUUUUACAGGUUCACUUCUUCGGUAAGAAAGGCACUAAUGAUUUAAAAUUCGAAGGUUUCCGUCAAUUCAUGGAGAACUUGCAGACCGAAGUUCUUGAACUCGAGUUCCACGAGUUCGCUAAAGGUCACGAAACAAUAUCUGAAGUGGACUUUGCUAAGAUAUUACUCCGGUACACAUAUUUAGAUACUGACGAGUACGAUAUGUACCUGGAUAGAUUGUUGGACCGAGUUAGAGAUGAACGCGGAGUUACAUUUGAUGAGUUUAAAACUUUCUGCCAAUUUCUCAACAAUUUGGAGGACUUUACUAUUGCUAUGCGGAUGUAUACGCUUGCGGAUCAUCCCAUUUCUAAAGAUGAGUUCCAUCGCGCUGUGAAGAUCUGCACUGGCGUGGCGCAGUCUGAGCAUUUAGUUCGUACCGUGUUCGCCAUAUUUGACGCGGACGGUGACGGCCUGCUUAGUUACAAGGAAUUUAUCGCCAUUAUGAAAGAUCGUCUGCAUCGCGGAUUUAAGAGUUAA